GGUAAUAUGAGUACCAAAAAUGUAAUAAUUUUGUUAUCUUUCGCGCUCACGCAGAUUUGAACGCACUAAUAAGUCGGCGGUUACUUUUGUCCGAAUCCGAUUUACCCCCCCGUUCCCCAAAAAUAAAAUACAGUACGCCCUAACUUUCACACACAGCUUCAAAAUUUCAAAUUGACGAAGCCGAACGAAUCAGCAAUCUAAUUAAUCAUGAAGCUCAAGAAGCCACUCAAGGAGCUCAAGCUUUCUGUUCCGCCUCAAGAGACCUCCGUCUCCAGCUUUCUGUAUGAUUUUUAAUUUCAAUUUUUUUUUUUAAUUUGCAAGUAAUGAACGUUGUUUGUGGCGGAUUCAAGUGCGAAAGUGUUUUUUUUUUGGUUGCAGGACUGCUAGCGGAACAUUUCACGAUGGUGAUUUACUCUUGAAUACGAAAGGAUUGCGGCUCAUUUCUGAAGAAAAUGAUCCUCCGUUAUCUGAAUUGAAGGAAAUUGACCAAUUUUCAUUGGAAGAUCUUGAGACGGUCAAGGUCAUUGGAAAGGGAAGUGGCGGGGUGGUUCAACUUGCCCGUCACAAAUGGGUUGGCACACUUUUUGCAUUGAAGGUUGGCACAAAGUUACUACUUUUAUUUCCCUGUUAUUUUGUGUAUGCAUGUCGCAUGAGAUUACAUUGCCAUCUUACAUCUCCAGCAUGACCAGAAUGCAAUUAGCGUAUGUCACCCACCAGCUUUUAACUGGUGGUGCAUUGAAGAAUGGAUAUCUUUGCAAUUACUUAAUUGAAAUGUCAAAUUUUAGUCUGUUUCUUGCUGAUACAUAGAGCAGCUGCAUUACCUAGUCUUGCUUGAGAAACUGACGUGUCAGAUAGGGCUAUGUAGUUUUGAAAUAUUUGCUCAAGGUCUCUCUGAGCUUCAUAUCCCUGACUUCUAUGCGAUUUUGCCAUACAAGUUUUCCUUUUUGCCGCCUUAUCCAUUAUCACCUCCUUGUGUUGGCUUACUCUAAGGAUUUUCGAACUUUAAGAGCAUAUUGGAAACAGGUAAUCCAGAUGAACAUACAAGAAGAUAUACGCAAGCAAAUAGUGCAGGAGCUGAAAAUUAAUCAAGCAUCAUUAUGUCCACACAUUGUGGUUUGUUACCAUUCUUUCUACCACAAUGGUGCCAUUUCAUUGGUUCUUGAAUACAUGGACCGUGGUUCUUUGGCUGAUGUUCUCAAACAAGUCAACACACUUCUUGAACCAUACCUAGCAGUUCUGUGUAAGCAGGUUCUACAAGGUCUGGUAUACUUGCACAACGAGGGACACGUAAUUCACAGAGAUCUAAAGCCAUCCAACCUGCUUGUGAACCAAAAAGGGGAUGUAAAAAUUACAGAUUUUGGUGUUAGUGCAAUGCUUGCAACCUCCAUGGGUCAAAGAGAUACAUUUGUUGGAACCUACAAUUACAUGGCUCCUGAAAGAAUCAGUGGCGGUUCCUAUGAUUAUAAAAGUGAUAUCUGGAGUCUAGGCAUGGUGAUUCUUGAAUGUGCUAUUGGACGUUUCCCUUACAUCCAAUGUGAAGAUCAACAGAAUUGGCCAAGCUUUUAUGAGCUUCUGGAAGCAAUCGUGACAGGCCCUCCACCAUCUGCUCCCCCAGAUCAGUUCUCUCCUGAGUUUUGUUCAUUUGUCUCUGCCUGCAUUCAAAGGGAUCCGGCUAAAAGAUCUACAGCACAGGAACUUUUGAAUCAUCCAUUCAUUCAGAAAUUUGAAGACAAGGACAUCAAUCUUGGCAUCCUGGUAGCUAGCUUGGAAGAACCACCUUUAAAUCUGGCAAGAUGAUUAUCGCUGGUAGCUACAUACUCAAUUGUGCUCCGCCUUUUACAAUUCAUCUGCGGUAUAUCAUCUCGACGAAAGCUCGGAUAACUCUACCAGGUUCCGACGAUCAUUGAGUAUAAAACUAUAAGUCGGAUGUGCUAAAAUUGGGUUAUAAAUUCUGAUGCUUGUUAAGGAUUAAUGAUACAAUUAGAUCACCAUUGUCUUGACUGAUCCUGUUUCUGCAAGUUUUACGCGGUUUCGUACCCCCGUCCUCAAAUUCGAAAAUUGAAAAAUACUAGUAAAGAGAAAAUUAUUUUUAAAGGAUUUAAAAAUCCUGUUAUUUACUAUAUGGCCCAUAGCAUCAGCCACAUACGCAUAGAAAGGAAGGAUCUAGGGGCUACGUAUAACGUACCCACAGGAAAAAGAAAUGAUAUAGGUAAGCUACACCAACAUCACAGAAUGGUGACACGUGUGGUUUGGUAGAUGGAAAUGCCUCCUCCAAUCACAUGUAAAAUCUGGCAUGACUAGCAAUACAGUCAGCUUCCCUAUCUUAUUCGUUUCUCCAAAUUAAAUAAUUAAUAACUAAUUUUAUGUAU